GUGCCUGCGUUUUUUUUCCCCCCUUCUCAUUCGUUCUCUGUCUCUCAGCGGCGGCAGCUCAGGGAGGCAGCUGUAUGUGCGCCUGCAUCACAGUUGCCACAGGUAAAGACAGCUGCAUUGUCGGAUGUUGCCAACCCUACAGGGGGUUGGGGAGCCUUUGCUGCUGCGGUUGCAAGUUCCCAUCCCAGCGUGGGGUGCACAUUUGUAAUCAUCUCCAAGAAAGCAUCCUGGUGGGAAGGACGAGCAGAGGAUCCCAGCAACCCGACCAACAAAUCACAGGCUGACUGGAAAAAGCACAGGCUUUCAGGGACUGAGGAAAAAGCACCACUCAGAAAGAGAGAAGAGACAGUCAGUGGGAUAUUUUUAAACAUUCUGGCCUCCUGUUUGUUUUAUUCCUCUUAUCUUUUGCUUUCUGCUCUUUCUGUUUCCAUCAUUUCCAUCCACUCCCUGCUUCUCAUCCUCUUCCUCUCUCAUUUUAUCCCUCUGUGGCGGAAUGUUCCCUUGAAAUAGAUGAGAAGAGGAUUUCUGAGUGCUUGCUGCAGUAUUAACGGACAGUAUACUGAGACAGCAGGGCGCUGAGCGGACAGCUUGGGGAAAUCUGAUCCACAGCCGGCUGGAGAAGGAGCGGGAUCACGCGUCGCAGUUGCAGAUUUAUCCGCCCUGUGAUACCACUGCGCGACAACACCCCUCAUUCUUUUCUUUUUUUCCCCCUCUCCCUCUCUCUGUCCUCAUCUGAAGUGUUGCUUUUUAACUGGAUCUGGAAAAUUAAUUGGAUUCUACUGCUUUAUUUUUAGCCUCACUGGAAUUUAGAGCACACAUUAAGGAAGCAAAGUGGGUUUGGAUCUUAAGAGUGAUAAAGAAAAUUCUCAAAAAAAGGAGAGGCUGAUUGAAAAGCAAUGGGCAACAAAGAUAGCGGAUAAUCCAAGGAGAGUGUUUGACAGACGCAUAAACGACAGAUCUCUUUGCUCUCGCUCUCUUUCAGUUACAAAAGAGACAGAUUUUGGGAGCUGAGGGACGCUGACUCUGCUAAAGCUGUUGGAACAGGCUGCAUUGGGAAACAUCUUUCUUUUUUUUUGGUCCUGCACAGGGUGGGGAAGCAACAAGACCCACCCUGCAAGUUUCAAUGCCCUGAUUAGACAACUGUCCCGUCGUGGAUUGUAUAUUGAAGGGACAUACAUGCUUGAGAAAUAGAAAUAGCUGUGGAUUUUUGCUGCAGUGCCAUCCAAACACUGAUGCCAUAGAUUCCUCACAUGCACAGAUGUAAAGCUCGCAACCUCCCAUCUUUCUCUUUGUCCCUCUUUUCCCUGUUAGAAGCAUCACUUCUUCCUCUCCUCUGGCUUACCCUGCUGUAAACGUUCUUGAAGUUUACUGUUGCUUCCGUUGGACAUAGGGAGUUGGGCAGGACUAAACACGGACAAAUCGGACGAUUAUCUGUUCACGCAGCUCCUUCAUUUCUCACUUGGUGUGUCUCUGAGUGUGAGUGUGUGUGCUUGUGUGUUUGUGAUUGUGUGUCUGCAUGUAUCUCCUGAACCCCUCCCCUUCUCUCUAUCCUUGGAUUACAUAUUUGUAUACGUGUUAUUGAGUGUUUAAUUCCUGUGGGGUCCUUUUUGUAUCCAUUUCUUUCCCUUUGUCUCUUCUCAAUGUCCGGCAUUGUUGGGAACCUUUCUGUCAUUUGCUACCGAUGCCUAUCACAGGGUUAACCCCCAAUGAGCCAUAAAGGACGGCAGGGAAGAAUGAGUGAGUGUUCUGGGGCAGCUGUUUCCGGGGCGGUGAUCCUGGAAGAACCUGAAGCUUCAGGGGCUUCAGGGGGCCGUGGUGAGGGCCAGGCCCAGGAUCAGGGUCCCAUUCGCUGUGCGGUUUGGCCUCGCCAGCAGACAUGGCUGUGUGUGGUCCCCUUACUUAUCGGUUUCAUUGGCCUUGGAUUGAGCCUGAUGCUGCUGAAAUGGAUUGUUGUUGGUACUGUACGGGAUUAUGUGCCAACAGAUCUGGUGGAUGCUAAUCGAAUAGGCCAGGAUCCUAUCUUCCUGUCAAAGCCAAGUGGGAUUCCCAAAGGUCCCGAUACUACCACCACCACAACUACUCCCACAGUUGAUGGUGGGAACCCCACGCCAAGAACUGUAACUGUUGCAAAAGGUAGAACUCGUUCCACUGCUACUACAACUACUAUAAACCCUAGAGGGGGUGGAGCCUCGGGUAGCCAAGUAACCCCUCGGAAUCCUGUAAAUCGUAACGGACGUGGACCUUCGGGUUUUACUACAACCACUGCAGCGUCGCAGACGACCUUCAUAAUUAGGGUGGCAACAUCUAGCCCCUCACCAUCCAAUCCUACAGUACUUCAUGAUUCUACGCAGAUGUGGACCCCAGAGCAUACUACUACUGAGGCGGUCUCCACCACAGCCUCCACGCGCACGCACAGCCACCGCAAAACACCAUCUCCAACUGUCCCUCCGCUACACUCGGAGCAUUUCAAACCCUGUCAUGAGAAGGACCUGGCCUACUGCCUGAACGGCGGCGAAUGCUUUGUCAUCGAGACGCUCAGUGGGCCCCACAAGCACUGCAAGUGUCGAGAAGGCUACCAGGGAAUCCGCUGUGACCAAUUUCUGCCCAAGACAGACUCCAUCCUGUCUGACCCAAAUCACUUGGGCAUCGAGUUUAUGGAGAGCAAAGAGGUGUACAAGAGACAGGUGCUGUCAAUCACAUCCAUCGCCAUGGCAAUCAGUCUCCUGGGAACCCUGUGUAUGGCCCUCUACUGCCGCAACAAGAGGCGCCGAGAGAAGCUUCAGGCCCACCUGAAGGAGAGUCGCAGUUUGAAAAACUACACUGCUAAUUCCCAUACUGCCCUGGAUGUCAAGAUAAGGGCCCCCAAUACCAACCUGCAAAUGCAUGAGUACUGCAAACGCUCCUCCCAGUCUCGCCAGGGAAAUGUUUGUGAGUCCAGCUUUGCACAUUGCAACAUCUCUACUACGCCAUCCAGCAGCUCCAGGGGCACAGCAAAACAUCACAGAAGUGGUUCCUUGUCUCACAUUCCGGAUCAGAGAACCCGGGCAGCCCACUGGACAGCUCCACGCAGGACCCCGCCCAUACCCAGGGGAAGACUAAAUCCAAUUGGAGGAUCGAAAUAUUCAGGCCCCGCCUACCAACACCUUCAAGAAGUAGACUCAUCUGAGAGGGAGGCUGAAGCACAAAGAGGUUGCCAAAUGCAGGGAGAGAACCAAUUUGACGACCCCAGACGAGAUGCCUUCCUACAUAUGCAAUCUCCUGUUUCCAUGGAGACAACUUCGCCCCCGCCUUGGAGUGGCCGCAUGGAGGUGCGUUCCGGCCUUUGCGCUCCGCCUCAGCACGGCGAUGCGAAUCCCGCCACCCGCAGCCUGCGCAGGCCUGGACGCCGUCACAGCCACUCCCCGCCUCCUCCGUUCCGCUCCUGCUCUAUCCCCAUCAUCCCCUCCGUCCAGUGUCACCAUGACAACGAGGUGUCUUGUAUGCAAACGAGCAUCACCCCAGCAGCCACAGCGAUGUCAGUUACCUGUGGAGCCAUGCCCUGCAAGGAAGAGCGGAGAGAGAAGCUAGCACGCGCAGCGUUUUCGUCUUCUUCCUGCUCGUCCGCCAUUGGCCAGCAGCAGGAUGAGGUGGCGCUGCUGCUGGAGGAGGCCCAGGAGCAUCUCAGGGCGUUGGCUCACAGGAAGCAGGAAGAGGGUGGGGUUAGCGGUGGGAGCUCGGCGGCCGUGCUGGUGGAAGCCAGAGAAACUUUGGUUUGCUUCCUGAACCUUAACGGAGGAAGCGCUGGGGCGUUGAGCUGUAACGGACCCACGCAGACCCAGUUACUCAGCCCCAGCCUAUCACACAGAGACCUGGGCCAAACCAGCCAAUGAAAGGACAGGAUUUAGGACAUUCACUUUGGUUUGACAGCAUUUGACAGACUCUGGUGUUCUGCAUCUGUGGGACACAAAUGGAAACGCUGAAUAAAAAAAAAAGUAAAAUCUUGGAAACUCUGAAUAUGUGCAGAUGAUAUGCAUACUGUGUGGAUAGAAACAUACAAACACUUGUUGAGUGGCGGCCUUUACACCGACUGACAGUAUGGAAAAAGAGAAAAAAAUAUUUACAUGCAUUUAUUUACAAAACAAGAGAAACACGUCUACUUAGGCAAAAAGAAACCAAAUAGUCUGUCAAAUCCAUGGUGUUUUUAAUUGUAAAAAGAAUAUAUAAAUAUAUAUAUAAAUAUAUAUGGAUAUAAAUAUAUGGAAUUCAAAAAGUGACCAAGUACAAAGUUGAAGAACACAGGAAUGAUGUAACUAUUUUUCUUUUUUUUCUUCUCCCUGUUUUGUAUUAACUCUGUCACAUUUUGGUUUUGCUCAAUUCUAACGAAAAACGAACUUCAUUAACGUCCCGCCGCACGUCCACGAGCCGUGAUUCCGUGAGCGUGCACAGAAUCCAAAACGGCAAAACGUGGAAGGAGCCUCCACACAAAUCCCCCCUCCCUCUUGCAUUAUGAAAACCUGUCUACCCAGCCAAGAAUUACAGUACAGCCCUCUGUGGUUACCAACCACACUUUGAGGAUUUACGACACAAAACAAAAACUCCCCAGCUGUGUGUGUGUGUGUGUGUGUGCUGGAGGUGCAGCAAGGGACGAGAGGGAGAAGAAGGGAAAACAAGAAACAACUUCUUCUGCAGUUGGUCGGAUUUGGGAGGGUCAAAGACAGCCCAGAUGCUGACUCCCCUUCGUCCAGCAUUUCAAACCAAUCUAGAUUAUUUUUCUUUUUGUUAGAAAUUAUAUUUUCACAUACAUAUGCACAUACACACACACACACACACACACACACACACACACACACACACACACACACACACUCACCUGUGCAUUAUUUUUCAGUCGGUUGAAUGGAUGGACAGAAGGACAAAGGAAGGACAGAGGGCUAAGGGUUACCACAGGAGCUAAUGUGACAUUUUUUAGUUUAUUUUUGUUUUUGGUUAUUAAUGAACAAUGCUGCUUUCUGGGGCUGAUGGGAGGGAGAACCACUCGGUUAUGGUAUUGAAACAAGAAAUAAAUGUCUCUAUGUUGUAUCCUAUGAAUUGGACGCUUUUGAAUCUCUGUAUGAAGUUACAGACAAAUGUUUCUCGUGACAAAAAGUAAAAAAAAAAAAAAAAAAUGGUUGCAAUUCUGGUAAAGAUUUUUCAAAAUAAGAGUUGUUUUGGUGAAUUGCUUGGACAUUGGACAUUCUGACUCCUUAAAAGCACCCUGUCCAAACAUGCAUGCUGGAUAACAUCAGUCUGGUUUACACCGACACACUCUACUUAUCCUCUGGCCUUUUCACACACAAUCUGGACUAAACUGGCUUGCAAAUCGGUCACAAAGUUCUUUAUAUUACCCGUGAAAGAAGCUGGUAGUUCCCUCACCAUGUUGCCCAGAAUACAGAAAUCAGAAAUAUUAGGUUUUAAAACAUGGUUUCAUUUCAAGACGCCAUACUGUACAUCUAAUUAUGAAAAGAUCUCGAUGUCAAACUUUCCAAAGCACAAAUGUUUCCAUCCGUUUAACUUUGUGUCUAUUAAUGUAACGGGUCGUGAAACAGGUUUUAAGUAAAUGUGGUAAUGUAGUAAUCAUAUUAGAUCUUUUUUUAUUCCAACAGUCCAACUUUCCAGAUAUUUGACAUUACAUAAAUAAAGGGGAAAGUUGGCGUUGCUAUUAAGGAAUUCUAACAAUAUGAUUAUAGUCGAUGGUGGUUUUAUUUAAAAUCCACCUGCAUCACACAUUAAUGGGAGGAGAAGUUGAACAAGGAAUUAGUUUUUCGGGCAGAAAACUGCGACAUGUGAAUGUUAUGGAAUCCGUUCAGCUCCUUGCAGCUAAAUUGAAACCUUUCAGAUGUGUUUGAUUAAAGUAAAAAAUUCAAAUGUUUAAUUUGGAAAAACAAGCCAACUCAGUUUUAAAAGCAAAAGCUGGAACUUUCUACAAUAAGCAGAAGUAGCACCAAUUUUCUGUUUAGCAGUGUUUUUUAUCUCAUCAAAAUCAAUGGGUUAGUGGCUUGUUAUUACUCUUGGACAACACUUUAAAACAUACUUCUGAAUAUUUUAAGUUUUUGAUAUGAAAUAAGUCACACUGAACACUCAAAGCAGCCCUCCUUCAAGCUUUACGAAGGUGGCACCCUGUUAACAAACUGCUUUUACCCAACAUGUUGCCAUCUUCUGUACUCGUGUGUGACCGACGCUCCUCAGUGCAGAAAGGUCUGAUUCAAUAACCCGACACCCUGGACAAGUUCUCCUGAGAAUUCACUCUAAUCAAAUCGCUCACAAUGGCUGAUCCUUCACCAUUCAGCUCUGCCAUCUUUUUUUUAUAAACGCCUGAAUGGCAAGGCUAAAUCUUCUUCAGCGCACACUAGCACACACAAAAAUCAGCCCAGAGCUUGCUUGCUUUCUUUAUUUCUUCCUUUCUUUCAUCCUUUCUUUUUUUAAUUUAAAGACUUAGUUUGCCAUGCUGCCAUUAAACCCUUAAAACGAGCUUUUCUAUAUCAAUUGUUGAACCUCUGCAGUUUUGGUUAUUUGAUACUGACGACCAUGAAAUCCAUAAUGUCCACAACAGAACAAACACUGGUGACUUAUGGAGGUUGAUGUGCUUCUGUGCAUAGACACAGUGCAAAAAAACAUGUGAAUUUGUUUGUUUGACCAACUGUAAUCAGUGUAUGAGCUUUUAACAGAUAAAAGUCUGCAAGCAUU